AUGGAAAAUAUUUUAAAUAACAAAGUUAAAGCUAUUAAGGAUGACAGUUUAUUUGAAAAUUUGAAAGAAUCAAUUAAAAAAAACAAUAUUCAUAUACUAUAUAAAACGUAUUUAGUAUCAUUUUUAGAAAAAAUAGAAGGUACAGAUAAUACCUAUCAUGUUAUUUGUAAGUAUAAUAAUUCUGAACUAGUAAAUUUUUUUUAUAUAACAUUACUUGUUGAUAAAUAUGAAUUUAUCUCUGAGAUUAUUGAAGACGAAAUUGAAAAAAUAAAAGUUGAAAAAAUUAUAGAAAGGGUGGGAAUAAGUAAAAUAAGUUAUGCAGAAGAUUUAAAAAAGUUAAAUAAUGUAAUUAAGGAAAAUGUAGGUAAUUGCCAAAAAUGUCUAAUGAUUUAUUAUCUUUCACAAAAGAAAUUACUAGAAAUGUUUUCUGUUCGUUUAAAAAAGGAUGAAAUUAUAAAUUUUAUUAAAAAAGAAAUUUUUAAAUAUAACUUUUAUCGAAUAUUAAAUAAAUUUAUUUCUCCUAUUAGUUACGAUAAUAUAAAUUUAGUUAUAUUAGAACUUUUAUUAAAUGGAACAAGAAUAUUUCAAACAUAUUUUAAUUUUGUGUUAGAUAAAAAUAAAAUAAAUAAAAUUAAUCUUAAGCAUUUUAUAGAAGAAUUUUUAUAUUUAGAUAAUGAAAAUAUAUAUGAUAUCAUAAAAAAAUAUGCAGAUUAUGAAUCUCUGCUAUUUUUAUGUAAUCUUUUGUUUAAUGAAUUUAAAGAAAUAAAAAAUGUAUUAAUAAAUAUCAGAGAUGAAAAGGAGCAUGAAAUUUGCAUAAAUGAAAAUUUAAAUGAACGAGCAACCGAAAAAAACACAAACUUAGAAAAUUAUGACAAUGAAUCAUUAAAGAAUAAGUCUCUAAAUAACAAUAAUUUAAAUAUAGAUAUACUUCAUUAUAUUUACACGCAUAUAUUUCUUCUUUUAAAACAUAAAUAUGUUGAAAAUGCUGUAAAAAUUGUUCUAGAAGAGAAAAUCGUUCUUUACUCUUUGAUGUUUAAUUCACUAAGAUAUUCAGAAAAUUUUAUUCAAUUAGUAAUAUUUAAAAUUAUUAAUUAUUAUUUUAUAAAUGAUGAUAGUUUUUUAAAUGAAUCAAAAAAAAAAUUAAUAUCAUCAUUGUUUGCAUACUGGAUUAAAUUAUUAGAUUCUUGUGCCAUUAAAAUGCUUGAUAGAAGUUUAUCCACAGGAAAAAGUAAUUCAAAUAUAAGCGAACCCGAAAUUUCCUUUUUAAAAAACAAUUUUGUUGAUUACGAUAUAUUUAAGUAUAUGCAAAGUUUAAUUAGUGGAAUUUAUUUAUUAUCAUUAAUUAAAAAAAAAAGAAAAGAUGAACAAAAUUUGUUAAUGGAAAAAUACAAUAUGGAUUUCUUUUUAAAUGAAUAUAAUAUAGAAAAUAUGUCUUUAAAAAAUUUUUUUAUUAAUGAUAAUUAUAUAUAUUUUAUAGGUUUUAUAUUUUCAGAAAGUAAAGAAACAAUUAAUAAUUUAUUUAAUCUAAUUUUUAAGCUUUUGUACUUUGUGAAAAACUUAAAAUUUUAUAUUCCUAAAGAUUUAGAUCAAAAAAAUAAAAAUUUUGAAGUUACAUUGAUAUUUUCAUGUAUAAAUAUUAUGUAUAAUAUUCUUGAUGGAACUAAAAAAUCAUUUAUAAAUUCUUUUGAGAUUGAUGAAUAUACAAAUAUUUUAUAUCAAAAGGAUUUAAAAAAAAAAAAAAUGACUUUUGAUAAUAUUGCUUUGUAUGCAAUUUCUUCAUUUCUUAAUAACGGAGAUUAUUAUAUUCGUUUAUAUGCAACAAAGGUUUUAGUAACACUUUUUUCUGAUGUAAAUAUUCGGGAUUCAAUAGAAAAAGAAUUUUUUUUUGAAAUAUUUGAUUCUUUAAUGAAUAUAGAUUUUGAUCAUGAUAAAAUCAAAAAGAAUGAAGAAAGAAAAAAUAUAAAUAACUUGUUAUUACUUCUAUUUAAAGCAAAUAUAAAAGAUAAUAAAUCUUCAAAUAAAUUAACAAAUAUAAUUUUUAGUGAAAAACAAAAAAUAUUUAUUAAAUACAUAGCACGCAUUUGUAAUGACGAUUUUUAUUUAUUAGAACUGAAAAAUAUGUUCGAAUAUUUUUUUGUUUUAUUUGUAAAAAUAAUUAAUAUUAUUAUAAAAAGAGCUCUUUCGGGGUUAUCUAUAGAAAAUUAUAAGAAUUUCUUUAUGAAUAUUUACGAUAUUAUAGAAUUUUUUUUGUGUGAAUUAAGAAAAGAAAAAAAUAAGAAAUUGAGAUUGUUUUUUUUUUCAUCAGCUAUAUAUUUAUGUAAUCUAAUAUCAAAUAGUAUAUAUAAAGAAAAAAUAUGUUCAUCAAUUCCAUUUCUUAUGAUUGUUUUGGAUUUAAUUAAGACUAUUGAAAGUAAUUUAUCAUUUAUGUUUGAUGAUUUAAUUAAAUUUAAUAAUGUCAUUGAAGAAAUUAAUGAAGAAGAAUUGUAUUACAGUAGUGAUAAUGAUACAAAAAGUACAAAAGACUUGCAUAUUUUGUAUUUUUACGAUGAUAUUUACAAUGAGGAUAUUCAAGAUAAUAAAAAUGACAAUAAUUUUUUUUUUUUGAAUGAUAUUAAUUGUGAUAAUAACAGCGAAAAUACCCAAAUAUUUCAUUUAAGCAAACUGAAUAAAUAUAAAAAGUAUAUGAGUAAAUCAAUAAUACAAAAUAAAGAAAAUGAAAAAAAUAUUUAUAAUUACAUUAAUAUAUUUUUUUUUUUAUGUGUUAGUAAUACCAAUGAGACAACAAAAAAAAAUAUUGUUAAGUCUUUCGAUAUGAUAAUUAGAUAUAUUAUUAAGGAUGAAUAUAAAAUAAAUAGAGUAAAAAAAAAAAGUCUCAUUUUUUCUUUGCCUAUUGUUAUUGUAAUGGAUAAAAAUAAUGAAAAAAAAAGAUAUAAUAUAAUUAUUGACAAAUAUGAUUAUAUAUUAAAAACUUACGUAGUUGAUUUUUUUAAAUCAAAAAAAUUUUUACCUUGUUUCUUAAUAUCAGUUUUUUGUUUUACUAAUACAAUAAUUUUAUUUUUAAAAAGAAAAAAUUUUAUAGAAAAUAAUUUGAACAAAAAAAUAGAUAUAUUAGAUUCUUUUAUGCUAAUAAAUUCCAAAACGUGGUUUUACUUAAAUAUCGUAAUAGAAUGCUUGAGUAAAUAUCUAAAUAAAAAUUUCUUUGAUUAUUUUUUAUUACUUGUUAUUAAUUUAAUAAUAGACAAUAUAUGGAAAAUAAUUAUAUAUAUUUUUUAUAAUGUAGAAAUAAAUACAUUUUCAUUGAAAAUAAAGACGAAUAACACAACUAUUUUUUUAAGGGAUUCAAUUUUAUUAUUUUUAAAUUUCUAUUCAACAUGGAUUUCUUUUGCAAAAAAUAUCUCAUCUAAAAAAGACACUUCGUUAUCUAAUCAUAUUUUACCAGAAUUAUUCUAUAAAAAAUUUCCUUUUUUAUCCUCACAAAUAAUAAACUUUUUUAAUUUUAUUGAAUGCAAUUUUUCUUAUAUUAGUCAGAAUGAAACUAAUAUGACAUUGCUGAUAAAACAAAAAGAAAUUAUGAAUAACAUUUUAGAUUCUUUGAUAUAUUUAAUAAAAUCAAAGGAUUCUAAAGGAUAUGAAGAUGAAUUAAAUAAGUUAAUUUUAUUCAAGUUAAAAUUAAAGAAAUUAGUAAUUCCAAAAAAUAUACUUGAUCUUUCUACUUCAUUGGAAUAUGAAAAUAUUUUUAAUAAAAUGAAAAAAGUUAAAAUUAAUAGUGAAAAAAUAGACGAUAUAAGAAAAGAUGGGUAUAAGAAGAAUAACUAUAAAAAUGAUAAUGCAAUUAUUACAGAAAAAGAAGAUAUAUUAAAACAACAAAAAAAACAUAUUGUAAUAUAUGAAGAGAAAGUGGAAUUAGAGAAAGAAAAUAAUAAAAUGAAACCAUGUAAAUCAAGUCUUACUAUUCCUGCUUACAAGAGAAAAAAAGAUUAUAAUUCAAAAUCAUUAUCUCGAGAUAGAAUCGGAAAUAAUAAAAUUGUAGUUAUAAGUGAUAAUAUGAAAAAAUUUGUAAAAUCUAUAUCAAGAUCUGUUUCUAAAUCCAGAUCCCCUUCUAUAUAUUUAUCUGCAAGAGAGAAUAGAUGCAAAGAAAAUAGAGAAGAAAAAAAGAAUAGCACAAAAUAUUGCAACAUAAAUCAUGAAUUUAAAAAAGAAAUAGCAUUACAAAAGGCUAAGAAAAUUAUAGAAAAAAAUGCUGCAUUAAAAUCUCAGAAAAGAGCAAUAGUAUUAAAUGAAAAAAAAUUAGAAAAAAACAAGCAUCAGUAUUAUAAAGAAAUGAAAGAAAAAAGAAUUGAAGUAGAAAAUAGUAUUAACAAAUACUUUAUAAUGUUGCAAGAAUUUUUAGAGUGGGACUUCUUUAAUUUAGAAAAAAUUGAAAAAUACAAAAAUUGUAUUAAUAAGGAAAUUCCUAUGCGUUUUAAGAACGAAGAAGAAUACCAUAAGUUUUUUAGACCAAUGGCUCUUGAAGAAUGCCGAUGUUGCAUCUUAAACAAAAUGUGUGGAGACACUUAUAGAUUUGUUAUAAAUAUUGUAGGAAAACAAAAAACAUCUUACUGGAUUAUAUGGCAUAUUACUUCUUCUGUAGAAAAUAAAACUAAUUUAGAUAUUUUAAAGCCAAUGGACUUAAUAGCAUUGAUUCCUUUUGAAACAGAAAAUAUAAAUGAUGACAAAGGAACAAUAAAAUAUGAAGAUUUAAAACAAAUUUUGAAAUUAAACAAGCAUCUGCUUGGUUUAAUAGAUAUUUCAUCUAAUAAAUUAGAAAAUAUUUAUGACAUUAAGUUAAUAAAUGAAGAUAUGUUUCCAUCUAAACAAAAAAAUGAAAAAAAUAGAUUAAAAUUAAAUUUCCUUUCUUGCAGUAAAUUUCAUGUAUACCUUAUAUGCAAUUUAAUGACAUAUAUUAGAGAAUUUCAAAGUGUUUAUAUGACUAAAUGCUCCCCAUUGUAUAAUUUGAUUUUAAAUCCUAAUGUAUCUAGUGUUAAGGAAAAUAAAUUAUAUCAUAAUGUUAAUUUAAAUUAUAAUAAUGUAAAUGAAAAUAAUAACAAAAUAAAAGUAAAUAAAGGGAAUUUAUCAAAUUAUGAAAAUUUAAUAUUAAAAACUAUGAAAAAUUAUAAUUUAUUAAAUGAGUCCCAAAUUGAAGCUGUUAAAUUAGUUUUUUUAAAUAAAAAUAGUAUAUCUCUUAUACAAGGACCUCCAGGCACAGGUAAAACAAAAACAGUUAUUGGAAUUGUAUCUGCUUUAUAUGCCCUAAUUAAGAAUAUUCAUAAAAAUGAAAAAGAAAAUGAUUUUUCUUUUAGUGAGCAAAAUGCAAACUCUAAAAAAAUUUUGGUUUGUUCACCAUCCAACUCCGCUAUAGAUGAAAUUGCUAAAAGAAUUUUGAAUGAAGGAUUAAUAAAUUUUAUUGGCUUAAAAAAAGAAACAAAAAAUGGAAAUAACUGUGGAAAUACCAAUAAGAAUUUUCUAGAUAAUACAAAUAUAAAUAACACAAAUUAUAAAAAAAAUAAUAAAUUAGAUGAAAAAAAUAAAGACAUAGAUAAUGAAUUUAGCAGGUUCAAAAAACAAACUAUUACUCCUAAAUGUAUACGUAUAGGAAUAUCACAAAAAACAAAUGAAGAAAUACAACAUAUUUCAUUAGAUUACAUAUUUAAUAAAAGAAAAAAGUUGGAACAAAAUAUAUAUGAUACUCAUUUUAACAAUAAAAAAAAAAAAUUAUCUUUUACUAUCAAAGCAAUAGAUCAUGCAUGCCGAAAAAUCAAUGAAAUAAGGAGUAAUUUGAAUAUUAAUAAUACUAAAAAAUAUUGUUCUGAUAAUAGUGAAACUAACGAAAAGGCAAUAGAUGAGAAAAUUGAAAGUAUAAAAAAUUUUUUUUCUGAAGAAGUAAUAAAUAAUGUAGAUAAAAAAUAUUUGGAAAAUCUAUUAUAUUUAUUUAAUGAAUCAUUUUCACAUUAUGAAUGGAGCAUAGAAAAAUUAAAUUUAGAAAAAAAAAAUUUUGAAGAAAAAAAAAAAAAAUUGUUAGAAACAGAUAAUGAGAUAGGUUCUUUUUACACCAAUGCUAAUAAAGAUUUCAUGAUUUCGGAAAGCGAAGUCAUAUUUAGUACUUUAUCAGGAAGUGCUUCUCCAUUAAUUGAAAAUCUAGAAUUUGAAUAUUUAGUUAUAGAUGAGGCAUGCCAAUGUGUUGAGCUAAGCUGUUUAAUACCAUUUAGAUUAAAAAUUAAAAGCAUUAUUAUGGUAGGGGAUCCCAAGCAAUUACCUUCUACAACGUUUUCAGCAGAUUGUAGAAAGUAUGGGUAUAGCAGAUCAUUAUUUGAAAGAUUAUUAUUAUGUAAAAUGCCUAGUGUUUUGCUUAAUAUUCAAUAUCGUAUGAGACCAGAAAUAUGCUAUUUUCCUAAUAAAUAUUUUUAUAAUGGAUCAAUUAAAAAUGAUGAAAACCUAACAAAUAAGCCUUUUUUUUAUUUUCAUUAUUUAAAUUUAUUUGGAUGUUAUAAAUUUAUUAAUAUUGAUGGAAUAGAAUCUAUAACUUAUAAUAAAUCCUACAUUAAUUAUGUUGAAGCUUAUUUUAUAUUUAAAUUAAUAUUAUAUUUACAAAAUUUUAUUGAAAAUAAAAAUAAAGAUAAGCUAGUAUCCAAUGUUUAUAAGUUACCAGUUGAUUUUAAUUUAAAGGAUAUAGGCAUUAUUUGCCCAUAUCAAUCUCAAGUCCAUCUUAUUAAAAAAAUGUUUGAAGGAGUUUUUCAGGAUAGUUGUUCUCCAGAAAUAUCAACUGUUGAUGCAUUUCAAGGAAGGGAAAAAAAUAUAAUAAUUUUUUCAUGUGUAAGAUCUAACCUUCAAUCUAUGGAAAUCUUCAAAAAUAUUGAUGAAUUAAAGGUAAAUAAAAAAAAUAAUUUUGAUACAUUAAAUUACAGAUUAAAUAAUAAUAAAUUAUCACCUUUAAAAAAUAAUAAUUAUACCAAUAAUAAUGAUUUUAAUGCUAUACAAAAAUUUGGAAAUAACAUUGGAUUCUUAAAAGAUGAAAGAAGAUUAAAUGUAGCUUUGACUAGAGCUAAAGACGCUUUAUGGAUAAUAGGAAAUAAAACGAAUUUAGAAAAAAAUGAAACAUGGAAUUCUUUAAUAAAAAAUACAAUUGAAAGAAAUUGUUAUUCAGAUUUAAAAUUGAAUUUUGAUAAAAGCACAACUGAAGAAAACAUAAAAGAAAAGAUUAAUGAUUUUUUCGUUCAUAUGGAUAAUGACUUAAAUAAAAUAAAUCAUAAAUGUGGGAACUAUGAAUAUAAUGAAAUACAUGGUUCUUCCAAUUCUACAUCUAUUAAAAAUGAACCAAAAAAAGCUAAUGGGAAAUUAUAUAAUGAAAGAAAAAAAUUAAGAAGAAAGACUAUUAAUGAAUACAAUUAUAAAUAUAGAAACAAUUCAAAUGUAUUUAUUCAACAUAAAAGUGAAUAUAACUUCAAUAAAACUAAUACUAUUAAUAAACAUUAUCUAAAUUGUAAUGCUAAGGAAAAUGAAAUAAGAGAAAAUGAAAAUACUGAAAAAAAAAAUAAAAGGAGUACUAACGAAGAAAUUUUACAUAGUGAAGAUUUCUUUAAAAAGAGAAAAUUAAAAUAA